AUGGCGGCGGCGCAGGAGCCAGCCGCGGCGGCAGCGGCGGCGGGGGACGUGCAGGAGGGCGCCCCUGAGGGCGAGGAGGGCGGCGGCGCGCCGGAUCCGCGCGGCUGCCACGGCCGCGGCGUGGCCGUGUUCGUGGUGCACUGGGCGGCGCUGGCGCUGGUCGCGCUGUCGGUGAUGCACGUCCAGGUGGCCACCCGCUUCCUGUCGGCCAGCUGCCCGCCGCUUUAUUGGUUCGCAGCCCACCUCCUGCUCUACGGCGGCGGCGGCAGCAGCAGCAGGGCCCCCACAGCGAUGGGCGGCAAAGACGGCAGCGGCGGCGCCGGCGGCGCGAUUGGGGCGCUGCUGUGGGGCUACUGUUGGGCUUUUGCUUCGCUUGGGGCCGUGAUGUUCCCAAACUUCUACCCCUGGACGUGA